UGGUCUCCCCCUCCCCAGAUUGGACCCAGACAGCAGUGGGCUGGGGCCCCGGGGGGGGGUUACACACUCCCAGGCUGGUGGGGGGCAGGGAAUUGGGUCUCUCUGAUCACACCUGGGUCUCAUCUUGCAAGCGUGAUGGGUGCCAGGCAGUUUGAGGGGGGAGGGGGAGUCUGAGCGUGUGAGGUUCCGUGUGACGGGUGGCUCUGUGUGUGUGAAUCUGCUUCCACUAGUGUGUGCACAUGUGUCUGAAUCUGCUUGCAUGAGUCUGUGUUUGCACGAGUCUGUCAAUCUGCUUGCACAUGUAUGUUUGCACCUGUGUUAAUCUGCUUGCACGAGUGUUUGCACAAAUUGGAAUGUGCUUCUGUGAGUGUGUUUGCACGUGUUAAUCUGCUUGCACAAGUGUGUGUUUGCACGUGUAUGUGUGAAGGGACUUUGUCUCUUUUACACACUGACAACCUUUGCUGGCCCUGUCACCCCAAUCCAGCUGUAGCCAAUCGAACGGUGGGGUGUAGCCGUCUGAGUGUGCAUCUGUGCCGUCCCUCUGCCCAGCUGUGAUCUGCCUGUCAACAGCCUGGCCUGGUCCUGACACACCCAGGCUGGAGUGCAGGAUGCCUGGGUCCUCUUCCCAGCUGACCCUGUGCCAAUUCCAGCAGCACGCUGUGCCUCAGUUUCCCCUUCCUGGGGCCCCACUCGGGACUGCGUGGCCCAGAGCCCAGGGUGACAGAUGCGGCAGAAGCACCCGGAAGGAGGUGAGUCUGCGUGUGAAAUGGGUCCACCCCGCUGCCGCCUCUGACGUCACCCCCUACCCCGUCCCCGGGGGGUCAGGAAAUGGGUCCACCCCAUAGCGCCAUCACAGAGGCAGAAUCGCCCGGGGACUGUGGUGCCAUGGAGCUUCCGAUGGGGCUUUUCCUCCUCGUUCUCCACUUCGGGGGGGCCCUGGCGGGGCCACCCCGGCUGACCCAGCCGUCCCCGUCCCACGUGGUGGACGAGAAGAUCCCGCGGCUCCGCUGCCUGAUGUCAGGGAGCGACAUCACCACCCAUGUCCUGUCCUGGUACCACCAGCCUCCCGGGCAGGGCCCCGUCUUCCUGCUGAGUCACCGGGCCGGGGACAACAGGCCCACGUACGGGGUUGGCGUCUCGGAGCGCUUCAUCGCCAGCCUGGAGCGUGACACCAACGCCUUCAGCCUCACCAUCGGCAACGUGAAACCCGCUGACGCCGGCACCUACUUCUGCGCCGUCUGGUACGCCAACCAGUACCUCUUUGGAGAGGGCACCCGCCUCAUCCUGGGAGGUGAUCCCCGGGAGAAGCGCCUGCCGCAGGUGGCCCUGCUGGGUCCAGCUCCAGCAGCCGGCCCGGCCUUCCUGUGCCUGGCCUGGGGGUUCUCCCCAGAGCCGGUCCGGGUGCGCUGGCAGGUGGACGGGCGGGAGCCGGGGCCCGGGGAGGCGUCCCCGCCAGCGGAGGGCCGGGAUGGGGCCGGGGCCGCCAGCCUGCUCAGCCUCCCGGCCCGGGCCUGGCUGGACGGCGCCCGCGUGACCUGCCGGGUGGAACACGAGACCCAGGCCCUGCAGAGCAGCGCCGAAGUGAAGGGAGCUGGGCGUGGAGGUUGCUCGGUAUCCGCCGGAGACCCCGUCCCACCGCCUGACCCUCUUGGCAACGGGACCACGGGGAGCACCACCCUCCAGAGCACCGGGGCCCCGAGCCUGGGCCGGAUCGUGCUGACAGCCUGGCGCUGCUACCUGGGGUCACUGGCCGCCAGCUGCCUUUACGGCCUGGGGGUCUCCCUCCUCGUGGGGCUGCGGGGGCUGCAGGAACCCAGGCGUCCGGGGCCACUCCCACCCCCUCCGGGAGCCCCACGGAGAGCGCCCCGGAGGAGAGCUGGCGAGGAGCGUCGCUUCAAAUGAGACUCCCCGGCCCCCGUUUGCUGCGUCCUGCUGGUCCCACCCCCAGUGCCCCCCUCCUGGGGACCGGGAACACCCCCGAACUGGCCCCCCACAGUCCCCGCCCUGGACCUCCAGCCCCCACCCCAGCUGUCCCGUGCUGGCUGCAGUGGUGACCCCCUCAGCCCCUGCUAAUCCUGCCCCCCCGAUCUCUGA